AGUGAAAAAGUUUAAGUACAGUCACACCUGACAGCUCAUCGUGUGCAACGCUGUAAAGAAGAGAGUUCACACAUUCGAAGAGCUCAAGAUAAACUUAGCGAGAGGAAAAAGACCAAAGUGCAGAAUGAGGGAUUCAGGAAAAAGGGGAAGUGGAGAGCAGAGCCAGAUGAAUGGUUCUAAUUCAGCUAAUGGAAAACAGUCUGCAGGAUUGGGGAAGGAAGAUGAUGACUCCUAUACUGUCAAGAUCCAAGGGGCAGGAGUGGAUGCUUUUGAGUUAACGGUUCCUGGGUUCUGUUUGGUCCAGGAUGCAAUAAUGACUAUUCUUAAUAGAAAAGAAGUGGCCCCUAGAACAUCCCUUGCUCUCUCCUUGUCUGGUGCAAACCUAGACCCCUUUGCUGAGCUCCAGAGUGUCAAAGGCUUCAAAGCAGGAAUCACACUCCGAUUAAUAGAAGAGCCAUAUUCUCCCCGGUCUGCUCAAGCUCAUCUGGCUCGUGUUCAGGAGUUGCUGAGUGCACCUAGUCCCCAGGAUGUGUUGAGAGAGAGCAGAUCCCCCAGUGUACUAAAUACACUCACACAUACAGCUGAUGCACCUUCUACUAGCCAUUCCUCAAAGGGCAAAAGAGUGAACAAUAAGACUGAGCAGACGAGUGAAACUUCACCUCCUGAUUACAUCCUACCUGGGGCUGCAGAGCGCCCCCCUCUGGCCACCUUACUGCCCCCUAGUGCAUAUCCUGAGGUUCCCAAUUGCCUGCUGGAUCUGUCACUUAGCUCUUGGAACCCUCCACCUGGCUCCAGGAAACUGCAGGGUGACUAUCUUUACAUUAGUGUCCAAACACUGGAGGGCAAGCACUAUGACAUUACAUCAUCUCCUCGAGGGUUCUACCUGAACAGGUCCACUGUGGAUGUUUUUGACCCACGUCCUGCCUCAUCCACUCCACUGUGUCACUGCCUGACUGACCUGCUGUCUCAACUCAGUCCACAGUUUAAGCAUUACUUCAGUGUACUCCGACACAGGCCUACUCUGUCGACAGAAGAGUCCCUGUCCACCCCUUACCGUACUAUGAGCUGGCUUGGAGUUCCGGCACUCUAUUCUCACAAAAACAACUAUAGCUGUAGAAUGGGUUUGGAGCAGGGCCUUAAUGCUCAGGCUCCAGACUGGAAUGAGGAAAUGCAGACAGCUAGAGACCUACCACAGACUACCUUAGAAGAGAGACUCCAAAGAGAAAAAGCCUUACUACAGGUCAAUAGUGCUUUUACAUGGGCUGUGGCCCAGGCUGCUGAAAAAGUGAUUGAUGGCUUUGUUGAUCCCAUUAAUGGCUCUAGUGAAGCCCCAGCUUUUCUGUGGGGUGGUCUGUUUAUGAACAUUGGUGGACCUGGAGAAGAUUGGUUAGGUGGUGCCCGGGGUCGAAGGGCAGCACAGAGACUUGAACUACAAGCCAUACAGGCCUACAGUGAUUUAGAGGGAGACCUACAAGCUCUUCACACACUCCCUACUGCUCUAGCCGAUUACCGAGGCGUUCGUCUUUGUGCCCAGGGGCUGGCACCUGGCCUUCAGGCUCAGGAUCAGUCUGGUGUCUCUACUGGCCUCCUGUAUAGCCUCAAUACUGGGCCUUUAGAGAAUCCAGCACGGAGGAAGCUCUUGCAGCUGCUAGCUCAGUCAGCCAAGGCCCUUGGCCUGCAGAGACAUGCAGUAGUGGGCCCUUCUGGCUAUCAGGCGGCCCUGUUCACCUCCGUGGAUGCUCAGGGACUGUUGGGAGCAGAUGGUCGUUAUUACAUACUUGAUGUGUUCCGUACAGCCCCUGCUGAUGCCAACUUCUGCUUGGCAGAAGGUGGAGAAGAGGCGAAAGAAGGCAGCAUUUCCAGGCAUUUCCCUCAUGGGCUAUGUCGUCUACGGCCAGAGCUAGUCAAGGCGUUCGUACAGCACAAGCAUACUGAGUUUACAAAGCGUGUGAGAGAAAAGCUGGAGGAAAGUGGAGACAUGGAGGAUAGUGUAAAGUCAGCUGAUUCUCGAGGCACAGAAGCAGUGAGAGCAGCCUGCAGAGAUGUCGGCUCUAUCAGUAACAUCAUCUUUGAGAUGCGCUUUAACCCAAAUGUCUUCUCUCCAGGUGUGCAGUUUCCCAAGUCAGAGACUGCUGCCGUGGCCUUACAGGAGAGAUUACUAAGAGAAGCUGCUGCAUUCAUUGUCAGUGAUCAGAUUCCAGCAUUUAUGGAUGACUGUCUGCACUGCAAUGAGAUGCCCAUAGAUGGAGCUACAUUACGACAAGCCCUACAUCGGAAAGGCAUAAACCUCCGUUAUUUGGGUCACUUGAUCUCAUCCAUCAGUCAGUCAGAUCACAAGGAGCAACUGAGGCACAUCACUAGAUUGGCUUAUGGAGAGAUUGUAGUGCGCUGUGCUCGAAGGAUCUUCAAUGGCUACAUACAGGGAGUGGAGCUGUCUAACCUGUCAGCAGCUAUAAGUCACUUCUGCUGCUGCUUGUUGGUGCCUCACUUUAGCCCUGCCUCAAACGGUGAGGAGUCUAAAAAACGCUCCAGGAGACGUGGCCAUAAAGGUGGAGGAAGUGCUGAUAAUACUGCAUGGAGCUUGCUCAAUGGAAAUGAACUCUGGACCCACAUAUGCCAGGAUGCUGUAGAGACCUAUGGUUUUAAACAGGGACUUGGGUCAAAUAUUGAUCAGCUGGUUGAGCAGUAUGGGCUUCAAAAGCUAUCCUUAUUACGAGAGAUCUGCUUGAAGACUGGCAUACAGCUCCGGACCAGAGAUUACAUCUUUGACCACCGUGCCAAAGCUCCAAUUUCUCCAGAUGAUGUGCUCAAUCUUCUGCCAGUGGUCAAACACGUAACUAUGCCAAUAACUGAUGCUAUGCGGUCAUUCCGUGCAGCCCAAAACAGCCUUCAGAAAGGGUUGUUGGAGCAAGCAUACGAACAACUGAAAGAGGCCGCAUACAUGUUUGGCCGUGUGUGCGAUAGUUUACAUCCUGAGGCCUGCCACUGUCUCAGUCUGCUGGCUAAAAUGGCUUAUGUCCAGGGCCACCCUGCUGAGGCUCGCAGUGUACAAAUGAAGGUGGUAGUCAUCAGUGAGAGGGUGCUGGGCUUUGACCACCCGAUUACCAUUCAACAAUAUGCUUUGUUGGCAGUGUAUGUAUUUGCUGGAGGAGAGUCUGCUUUGGCCUUGCGGUGUCUGUAUCGAGCUAAAUUGCUCAUGCUAACAGUACAUGGGGAAGAUCAUCCCUAUACAGCAAUACUGGAUUGUUCUUUAGGCUUAAUGCUGCAGGGGGAACAGUCUUUGGAGUACCUACAGAGUGCACUGAGACUCAAUACUUCUUUCCGAGGUGCCAUGGACCUUAUGACUGCCUUGAAUCACCAUCUCUUGGCUCAGAGGAUGUGUGUAGCAGGAGAUUACAGAGGAGCCAUGGCUCAUGAGAAGGAAGCACACAUCAUCUUUGGGAAGCAGUGGGGUGAUGAUCAUCCGCAGACUAAAUGCAGUUCUGACUUCUUGAAUGCUGUCACCCAGCAAGCGGUGCGUGUGGAACGGUCCAUACGACAGGGAGGAGCAGAGCUGACAAACUUGAGCCCACCUGAGAAUUUGGUUCCCUCUCUCGAGACUACUCUGGAGCAGUUAGCUCUGGUAAACGAUAUCCUGAAAACAUCAUACAGCAUGAGGAUUAUGGAAUUCAAAGAGAAACUGAAAGAAAGAAGAGCUUGGGAAGAAUCAGAGAAAACUAAAGCAAACUCAUCCAGUGAAGUCAAUGAUGUUUCCAGUGCAUCCAGUGAAAAGCAGAGUGAAGAGGCGAUUGAUGGAAAUGCCAAGAAUCAACCAGAAAAAACAGAUGCUCUGGAAGACAGACCUGACCAUUCCCAAAUGAAUGGAGAAUUUGAGACUCUCACAAAAAAUGGAGAUCGUGCAACAACUGCACCUGAUGAUGGUAAAUCUUCCGUACUUUCAAUAAAGAGUCAAUCAGAGUCAAAAGAGAUCAUUACGGUAACCAGUGCUGAACCAGCUUUAAUGAAUGGAGAAUGCAAGACUGUUGAAGUAAUGCUUGUGCAGAAAGAGACCCCAAAGAAUUGAGACAUCUAUAAGUUCGUAGAUUGCAGACAGACAAACAAACAAAAGGCCAAUUUAUACUUCUGCAAUCUAUAUUGUAGGGUAUGGCAUAGCCACGUUUAAUCCUGCAGGAUCGUACACUUUCUUUUCUUCUAAGAGACUUGCAAUAAACACACAGCGUCAGUAGUGUAAACUAUAACUCUAAUAAAGCAUCUGUCAGUGAUAGAAUUGUGGGUUUAUAUACUAGCUGCACUGAAGUGCUUCACACCACUCAUACUGCUGAAUACACACUAGUUAAAACAUAUUUCAGAAAUCCUUUCAGUGAGAAAUCACUUAGGUUAAGGUUUCUUUUUGCCCCCAGUACAUUUGUUUCUAAACAACCUGUUUAUUAUUCCAAACAGUGAAACAUGGAACUCAUGUUGCUUUUUCUGCUCUUCUUCGAUGUGUAAAAUCAGUAAAUUCUGGUGUGUUUCAUGUGACCGUGCUUCUUAGAGGAGACGCGCUGCUCACAUAAAUAGAGAAUAUUACAUGGUUGCAUGAAGAUAUGAAGUUUAUUUUCGAGUGGUGAACAUAUUCACAAGUGAGCGAAGUGAAUGAGUGAAAAUAUUUUCAACACAAGAAGAUAAACUUCAUAUCUUCGCGCUACUGUGUAAUAUUCUGCAUAUUAUAUGGAGACACCCACAAUGCAAGUUAAUCAAAAGAAUUACCUAUUAAUUUUGAACCAGUUCGCCAUUUUGACAAUGCACAUCUAGUCAGCAGGAAAACACUGGGAGUGAUGCCAUAGGAGUGAAAUAUUGGAAAAUAUUUCACUCAGAUCUGCAAUGUAUUUCAUAUGAAAAAUGCAAGUUUUUCAACACAAGAAGAUAAACUUCAUAUCUUCUAACCCAACAUGUGAUUUUAUUAUACAGACACAUUCACAAACACAAAGUACCCAAAUUUAUCAAAACAAUUCAUUGAUUUCCUUGCGAAUGACAUUUAGAGAUUUAUGUCACGGUUUUGGAUCUCCAUGUCCCGGAUGUAGCUCAUCUGGAAAAUACAAGUGGUGAAUUUCCCAGUAAAACACUUGUUUCCAUAUAUAUUUAUUCUAUUCUAUCCACAUUCACUGGAUAUGAGCAAUUGCGCACUCUGAUUGGCUGCUCUACAACUAGGCGAUCAGCUCUUAUACCAUGGGUAGAGAAAAACAAAAUGGCAGAGCAUUUUACUGAACCAACCGAGGACGAAAAAAAGGCAAGAAAGUAUGACGGUAAGAAUGUAUCCUUUUAAAUUUUUCAAGAAUUAUAGCAUUUUUCACAAAUUGCUACUGUCAUUUCGCCAGUUUAAGCGGAAAUGAUUUUGUCUAACGUUUUGUAGAAAGUUUUUAUUUAUCGCAUUUGGAUUUUGAGAAACGUAGCAUUUUUAUUUUUUUUCCAGUGAAUGUGGAUAUAAUAAAAUAAUUAUUCCACUGAAUCUCGUCGUACAUGGUUUUAGCCAACUGGGUGCUAUGCGCCUUGUCAGCUAUCAGCUCAUGUACGACUCUGUUUCGUGGAAUACUUGUUAAAUGUAUAUCAGCACCAUCUUCCAGGGUAGAGUCUAUGCAGAAGUAUAAAUCAGCCAAAAAAGCACUAACUUUGUGGGGGAUGGACGCGUACACACACACUAAUGUGUUUAAGCACACGUAUUAUCUUUAUUUUGGUCCUUUGACUGAAUGAUUUCCAGCUCUUGGCAGUGCUCAUACUGGGGCUCUGAAGGCUCAUCCCAGAUUGAUUCUGGGAGUUUACGAAGCUUGUGUGGAGGGAACCGGAUUAAGGCAGUGUCAUUAAACACAUCUAGGAAACGUUGUGAGCAGGGCAGGCUUGUCUCCUCACACACAUUUAUUACCUUGUACACAACAGAGUCAAGGGCUGCAACUUUAUAUUUUAUAACAAAAACAUUACACAACUGCAACAACCAAGUCCAUAGUUCCACAAUUUCACUCUGUUUUUCUUUAUGGACAUUUCUCACAUUGCUGAUGAUAUUUGCAAUUGAACACUGUUCUUGAGUCUGCUUCCUUUAAUAAAUGUAUCAAAUUGCCCAAUUUUCAGCUGACUAUAUAUGGUUUCCGUAAUAAACAGUUUAAAUCAG